AUGUCUGAUUGGCUCGAGCUAUCAAAAUCCGCUCUUGCUGUUUGUUAGAAGCGGCGUCCAUCGGCUAUAGUGUUAGGUUGAGCCUUGGUCACCCCAGUCUCUGCAGGGAGAAGUACGGACGUAGAUGCCGGGGCCCCGGGUAGCAGGAAGACUGGGGAAGGGGUUGUCGUGAAGAAUGAAUUAAAGGACGGGGCCCUUCACUAACCUUACUCUCCCAGCCUUGCGGCUGUGACCGAGCUUGUAGCGUGCACGCCCUUAGUAUGAGUGUGGGAGCGCGCGCUGUGUAAGGAUGCUUUAUUGUGCGCUGGUUUGUUGAUUGCAAUGUAUAAAUAUUAGUUUUUAUCAUGGGUUCUUCGCGGGCAUGUGUGCUCGUAUGUGAGAGUUUGGGUGGAUCUGUGCUGGGACUGGGUGUAGCGUGUGUAUAUCAAGCUAUUAAGCUCAUCAUGUAGGAUUGGCGUCUGCUGUGUGUGUCCUCUUAUGUGUGAGUGUAAAUGUGUAGUGUGACACUGUGUGCUGUCCUAUUAAAUAAACACUGUGGGAAAAUGUGUUAUCCUGUCAGUCUAUGCAGUCAUGUACCUGUGUGUAGGUCGUUUGUGUGUGUACAGCAGUUUAUCUGUGAAUGAUGACAUUUUUGUGAUAGCGAAUUUGAUUUGACCUUAUACCCUUCUCCUCUUCCCUUGCCCUCGUUUUACCUGUUCUCAUUCUUCUCACCCUCCCACCCUUAAUUACCUUCCUCCCUUUGCCUUGCUUCUUUAUUCUUUUUUUAAACCUCACCAUCAUCACCCUUGCAAUAUGAAGAGCUGUAAGUCAGACGACUUGCAUCCCGAGGAAGUGGGUGCACAGGAUGCCCAACCACUCACUCCCAUGGAGGUGCGAGGCACAGAUAGCCCUGCCCAAGCGGACCUUGGAUCUGCUGGCACAGCUAUCAGCCAAGGCCCCCCAUCCAUCACCCGCAACAAGCCGCCAGAUCUUAAGAAGAUCCAGCAGCUUUCUGAAGGCUCUAUGUUUGGGCAUGGAUUGAAGCAUCUUUUUCACAGCCGAAAGAGAUCCAGAGAGCGUGAUCACCAGGCUGCAUCCGAAUCCACAGUCUUAUGUUUAACUCCAGGUCCUUCAACACCUCAGAUUCAAACUGCUGCUCCACUUUCCACAUCUGACCACGAUUCUGCUGAUGAAAGGGAAAGUUCUCCAGAGAUGCAACGCGUAUCAUAUGCAGUGUCACUUCAUGAUCUCCCUGCUAGACCUACUGCCUUCAACCGCGUCCUGCAGCAAAUCCGUUCCCGUCCUUCUGUCAAACGAGGGUCUGGACAGCAUGGAGGUGGUCGACGGAGCAAAAGUGGCCCAGGAGACACUGCUCACCAUCAACAUCAUCCACCAUUGCGAGGAGGUAGCCCCCAUCUUCCAAGACGACCUCCACCACUAGAUGGUGGUCUGGCUGCUGUACUUUACCAUCACCAGGGCCGCCCACGAUCUUCAUCCACCACUGAUGCUGCUUUAUUGGCUUCCAGUGACACAAGUGGAGCUGCUGGGCUAGCACAUGAGGACCAGGACAGAGCAGCAGAAAAGCAGCAACUCGACAAAGGGGACCUGAGUACCCUGAGUCUGCCUCCCAGUACAGUCCAUGGAGGCUCAGAUGGAAACAUCAGCCUGGAAGUCCCAGAGGGAGUGCCUGACCCUCAACGCACAAAGGCAGCCAUGGAUCAUCUGCACCAGAAGAUCCUCAAAAUCACAGAGCAGAUCAAGAUUGAACUGGAAGCAAGAGAUGACAAUGUGGCUGAGUAUCUGAAACUGGCAAAUAAUGCAGACCGCCAACAGGUCUCCCGUAUAAAACAGGUUUUUGAAAAGAAGAAUCAAAAGUCUGCUCAGACUAUUGCCCAGCUGCAUAAAAAGUUGGAGCAUUAUCACAAAAAGUUGAAGGAGAUUGAGCAGAAUGGCAUUUCACGUCAGCCCAAAGAUGUACUUAGAGAUAUGCAACAAGGCCUAAAAGAUGUAAGAGCCAAUGUCCGUGCAGGCAUUAGUGGCUUUGGGGGAGGCGUGGUUGAGGGUGUGAAGGGAGGACUUUCUGGCCUGUCUCAAGUCACUCACACUGCAGUGGUUUCAAAGCCCCGUGAGUUUGCUAGCCUUAUCCGCAAUAAGUUUGGCAGUGCUGACAACAUCUCUCAUCUUAAGGAUGGUCUGGAAGAAGAUGGAGAAGGACAAGGAGGAAACCGGGCACUCAGUGGAAGUGCUACACUAGCUCCUAGUCCCAAAUAUGGCAGCGAUGAUGAAUGUUCUAGUGCUACCUCUGGGUCAGCUGGAGGAGGGAGUAACUCUGGGGCAGGACCAGCAGGGCCUGGGAGUCCCAGGUCUAAUACUCUGGAUGUGCAUCAUCAUGGACACCAUGGGGGGUUUGAUGCUAUUCUUGAGGAGCUAUGUGAGAUCAAAGAUGGUCAGAGCCACAUAGAGGACUCAAUGGAAGACUUAAAAUCACAGUUGCAGCGGGAUUACAACUGUAUGACACAGUGUCUUCAGGAAGAACGCUACAGGUAUGAACGACUGGAAGAGCAGCUGAAUGACCUGACAGAGCUUCAUCAGAAUGAAAUGACUCUGCUAAAGCAGGAGCUUGCAAGCAUGGAAGAAAAAGUAGCUUAUCAAUCAUAUGAGCGAGCCAGAGACAUUCAGGAAGCUGUGGAAUCCUGUCUCACCCGAAUAACAAAACUUGAGCUACAGCAGCAGCAGCAACAAGUGGUUCAGCUGGAGGGGGUAGAAAAUGCCAAUGCUAGGGCUCUACUUGGGAAGUUCAUCAAUGUGUUGCUGGCACUGAUGGCUGUACUACUAGUUUUUGUGUCUACAGCAGCCAGUUUCAUUACUCCUCUGGUGAAGACGCGGUUCCGCCUCCUCUCUUCGCUGCUUUUCCUCCUUUCUCUCCUAACACUUUGGAGGCACUGGGACUGUGUCUCUUCCUGUCUUGAACAUGUACUCUUACCCAGCUGAUACUCCUCCCUCAUUCCUUGAACCUGCAAACACACCCUCUUCUCUGUCCACGGACAGGGCAAGAGGCAGGCUUGGAGGGAGCUUACUGCCCAGUGCUAACUUCAUAUACUUAUAUAAAUAUCAGUAUCGAACUGUUUAUGCAUAUCUUGAUAAACCUAUAUAGAGCUUCUUAUUUAAAAGGGGCAGGUUUUUGCCAGUUUUGCCCUUACAGUCUACAAGAGAACGGGGUCUUUCAGAGUUUUUGGAUUUGCUGAAGGAAGCAAGAAUGACUUUUGGUUGUAGAAGAACAUACAAAAAGUGUGGAAGAUGUCUUACAUUAUGAAUGUUCAGUUGGCCGUUAUAGUACAAUGCUCUGCAGAAAGUGAUAUUCUUCAAAAUUACUUAAGAAAUAAUGCUCUGCCUUAUAAGAAGCAUUGCUCUGCAUGACAGAUAUGGGGAACUGCUCAUUUUUGUUGGCCGUUUAUUCUCUGAAUAAUAUGCAGUGUUCUGCAUCAUAGAAAGCAGUGCAAGGCUUUGUGUCAAGUUUGGUUGAGGUUAAGGCUCUGUACCAUAAAGUAUAAACAAAAUUCUGAGCCACCUGUUGUAAGGCCCACUCUCUUGCACCUACACAAGGACAAGCAGAAAAAAAGCAAUGAUAUUAGGUGUUGGAGUUGUUUGAGGGGCCUAAAAUGCAGAUUUUUUUUUAAUUAAAAAAAAGUCUGCAAUUCCAGUUAACUUGGGUUAGAACAAUGGGCAAGUUAUAGCUCAACUACUACCAGGGACGGAUUUACAUAGCGGGCGCCCCUAGGCUCACUGCCGUUUGUCCCCCCUGUCCCCUACCCUUUAUUCAUGCAAAUUUUCAUGGAGAUUGUAUCUCCUGCG